AUAAGACAACUAUCAGUGAUCAGAGAUGGCGGGCGCCUCCGACCCACUGGAAGAUAUGCUCUUUUCAGAGGUGGACGAGAAAGCUGUGAGCGAUCUGGUGGGCUCGUUGGAGUCACAGCUGGCCGGCCAAAGCGACGCCUCCGGGAAAGCGGAGGAGAACGGAGGCGCUGGCUCGGUGGCCCCGGCUAACCAUCACUUAGGAAAAACGCUACCAGCUCCGGUGGGCUCUACAACCCCAGAACAACAACAACAAGGACGGCGGAAUAAAGCCGAGACGCGACCGGAGGUUAACUCCAAAGAGCCGGACAGAAGUGUCACACCUCCGUCCUUCUGCGAGCCUUCCAGCGCCUCGGCUGCCUGCGCGAACGCCGCCAGCAGCGUCUCACAUGGAGCAUCCGUCACCGCGCUGGCUGCAUCUGCCGGGGCAACUUUGGCACCGACGACAACCAGCAUCAGCACCGCGGCCGGCCGGGGGUCCAAGGUAAGCCCGUCCACCGAAGCCAACCCGCCGAGGAAGCGCAUCAGCGCGCCGCGGAGGAGCGCCUCAGCCCGUAUAAAGAGUUUUAACGGCGGCACUGUGACGACCAGGCGGAACAGUACCACGGCUUUGGCGGUGGCGGCCGAAAACGACAGCACCGUGGACCCCGGGACUCCCAAUUUGACCCGAGCGGACAGCAGCUCCAUCAAUACUUCGACUUUCACCUUAUCCAACGCCAGCCUGCCUGCCGGUCAGUCGGCUAUCGCUCUGGAUCGGGGGACUCCCACCAUCGCCCUGCACAGACUCCCCAGUUACAUAGUGGCGAGUAUCGCCCAGAACGGAAACGGAACCAGUGUGUCGGCGUUAGCCCAACAGGAGGCUCGGACAUCACCCAACUCCUCCUCAGUUCUACAGGGGAACCUCAGCAAAACUAUCACAGAGACCGACGAGUCCAAACCCGACAACUGUCAGGCUGAAACUGUAACGCCAAGCCAGCCUGGCGGUGUCAAUUCUGUCAUCAGUACUGUACCACCAAUAACUACACCACCACCAAUAACAACACCACCACCACCAACAACAACACCACCACCACCAACUACACCACCAACAACAACACCACCACCAACAUCAUCAUCAGCAUCAACAACAUGCCAACCUCCGAGCUCCGCCACAGCUGCCGUGACAGUGGUGGCGCCAACAUCCACAUGUGGAACUACUCAGACAACAUCGGUGACUACCACUAUAAACAUGAUCAGAUCCACAGCUGCCUCUCCGACGCCCGCUGUGGCUACGUCCGCACAGUCUCAACCCCGUCCCGGACUUGCAGCACCUCAGAGAAUUGUAACGCCUCAACUUAUUGUCAGACCGCCCCAGCAGCAGACGACCAUUCAGCUGCCCCCUGGGUUUACCAUCCCCCCUGGGAUGGUGUUGGUACGUACAGAGUUGGGCCAGUUGGUGAUGGUUCCUCAGCAGGCUUUGGCUCAGGCCCAAGCCCAGGCUCAAGCCCAGGCUCAUGCCCAGAACAGUGUCUCUCCACGACCUGCCACCCCCACCACAGGAGCAUCCUUCCGAGUAACAACCCCACAGUCUCCUGUGACCUCUCAGACCACCAGGCAAUGUUCUUUGACCCCAGCUAAGAUGGUACCAUCUUCCUCUCCCACUGCUUCCAGUCCUGCACUUCAGACCUCUGCUUCUUCUUCCUCUUCCUCCUGUACUGCUCUCCGCCCCAAGGGCCCCAUGGCACCGGCUGUGGCUGUGACGGCUCCACAACAGGCCCCCAUGGUUAUGGCCCCCCAGGCCCAGCCUGCCUCCCAGCCAGUGCAGCCUCCACAGACGGGCAUCGCCGCGCCCCCCGGAGCCGCUGUCGUGUCCCAGGAAAUGCAAGAGAAUGUCAAAAAGUGUAAAAAUUUCCUUGCCACACUUAUCAAGCUGGCUUCCCACAAUUCUCCAUCACCUGAAACGUCUAAGAAUGUCAAGGCACUUGUACAGGACCUGCUGGAUGCAAAGAUUGAACCUGAGGAAUUCACCAGCCGGUUGCAGACUGAGCUCAAGUCGUCCCCGCAGCCUUACCUGGUGCCCUUUCUCAAGAAAAGCCUUCCGGCCCUGAGGCUGUCAUUGCUGAAUAGUCAACAGUCCCUCAUCCAGCCCCUGCAGCAAGGAGUCAAACCAGCACCCGGUGGCACCCCUCCUGCCAUCGUCACUGGGCCAGCUGUCCGCAUACGCCACCCUAACAGUAUCAAUACCACAAUGGGUGCCAGUUCGCUGCCUGCUGGGAACCUUGGACACGCAGAUGCCAUGGGCAUCAAAACAGCGGGUGCUGUCAGUGGCCAGGUCCGGAUGCCUGUGAUGAUUACACAGUCUAUUAGGGCACAAGGCACGAUGGGGAAGGGAGCCACUUUCCAAGGGGCUAGAGGUCCCAUGGGCUUGGCUGUUCAGAUCUCUGGAAAUCAGAAAAACAAGCUCAACGACCCUGGAGGAGGCUCUUUCAGGGAUGACGAUGACAUCAACGACGUGGCCUCCAUGGCGGGUGUGAACCUGAACGAGGAGAGCGCAAGAAUACUUGCCACCAAUUCGGAGCUGGUGGGAACGCAGAUCCGCUCAUGUAAAGACGAGGCAUUUCUCCAUCCGGGUCUACUCCACCGGCGAAUUUUAGAAACAGCUAAAAAAUUUGGAGUCACGGAGGUCCCCAUGGAGGCGGUGACAUUCAUCUCUCACGCCACACAGUCCCGACUCCGCACAGUAGUGGAAAAAGUUUCGACUAUCGCACAACAUCGACUGGACACUUGCAAGGACGACGAGUGCUAUGUGCAGUCUGCAGACGUUCGCUCGCAGCUUCGCUUUUUUGAGCAGCUGGAGAGAAUCGAGAAGCAAAGGAAAGAUGAGCAGGAGAGAGAGAUCUUGCUGAAAGCCGCUAAAAGUCGCUCCAGGCAGGAGGACCCUGAGCAAGCUCGACUGAAACAGAAAGCUAAGGAGAUGCAACAGCAAGAACUUGCCCAAAUGAGACAACGAGAUGCCAACCUUACAGCACUUGCUGCCAUUGGACCCCGCAAGAAACGGAAGGUUGAUUCACCAGGAUCUACCCCAUCAGAGUCUGAGAUUUCAGGCAGCGCAGCGAGCUCUCUGGCCAGCUCAUCCACCGCAUCCACCUCAUCGCGCCAGUACACGCGGCAACGCAUUACACGCGUCAACCUCAGGGACUUAAUUUUCUACAUGGAGCAGGAGCGAGAGACCACCCACUCCCUCCUGCUUUACCGCGCCCUGCUCAAGUAGCCCGCCUCAACCUCCUCCUCGCUGCCACGUGCCUUCAGAUCAGGUCGAACAUUUCAGCUCUGUGUCUCUAUACGUACUGUAGUAACGUUCAAUGUAGUUUUUAAUAAGAAAGAGAGGGGUGCCGGAAAAGAAGCACUCAAAAAUAAAGUUAUUGUUAUGUGUCGUCUCUGUUUAGGUUCUCAGUAAACGCGCCAGGAAGCUCCUCACUUCAAAGGCCACAUCAUUUUUGUUGAAGUGGGAAAGAAACAGUGCCGUUAUUUGAUGUCAUCUGUAGUCAACCGCCUCAGAAUAGGAAGUGAUUCGAUGAAGAGAAAUGCAGUACGUUCGCACCAAAAUACAGCCUACAAUAAUUUGUUGAGCAAAGUUCCAUGAAUGUAGUUGACCUGAGAGAUAUCUAUAUAAAUUCAGCUCCCCCCCCCCCAAAAAAAAACAGCACCACAUCCAAUUUCAUUAUUGUAUGUGUAUAUAGUGCUUUUUGAAUUAAUUUGCACCAUGUAUAUUUUUUAUCACAUGUAAGCUAUGUAAGUAACAGAAUAACCCACUUGUCAAUAAUGCGCCACCUGUUUGUCAAAAAAUGAAGCGAUUGAUCCUGUUUACCUGUAGAAUAUUUGUUACAAAUCAAGGCAGAUUACCUCCUCCCCCCCCUUUAAUCCUAUAAAGUCGUUACACAAAGUCCCAGUCUUGAUUGCCACCGUUGUUGAGUCGAUCAGUAUUUUCUUCGCCCAUGUUAAUGUGAACAUCGUUUUUAUGACUCAAUAUUUGUAAUUUGCGUCUCAUACAUAUCUGCGUGAUACAGAACAGAGGCUACGUCCUGCUUCAGUGUUGAUAUUCUUUGUGGGAUGAUGAUUGUCUUGAUCAGUCUGACUUUCUUUUAUUUUCCUCUCUCACUGUCCUUUGACCACAUUUUCAAACUUAAAUUUCCAGUUUUGGCUGGUUGAAUUUUUGGUCACUGCUUUCCCAGCAUAUGACUGAAGGUUUUUUCUCUCUUUUUCUACUUUUCAAAAGAGUUGACAAAUCCAACCUAUACAUUGUAAUUUUUUUUCUAUUUGUUUGUUUGAAGCACUAUGGGACAAAAUGUCUUUUUUUUUUCUUUUGUCAUGUUUAUGUCAUAUUUCAUUGUCACCUUUUUAAUAAGUCCUUAUGUAAUAUCGUCCACUAUUCUUUAUUUUUAUGUUUACAGUUUAUCUAAAUAUCUUGGCCUCUAUGCAGAUUUUCUUGUCAUUUUGAAAUUAAUUUAAAUGUAGGUGACAUUUGGAAUAGUCGUGUAUUUGACAGCACUUUUUUUAAUAUCUACUUUACCUGACAACUUAAAAGCUGUCAUUGUAUUGUUGCAGAAAAAUUACUCUUUAAAGUAGAAAACAGUAUUGCCAAUUUCUGUCAAAAGACGCCUAUUUUUAUCAAUUAAUAUAUUUCUUUUCUUUUUUUUUUUUUGAUUGGCUUUUAUGCUUAACACAUUUUCAUGCAAAUGAAUUUUAUCUCAAAGUAUGUUUUUUUUGUUGUUUAAAAAAAGCACAACAGUAUCUAUUGUAGUGAUUUCAAAUGAUUUUAAUAAUGAUUUAUAUGAUUUCUGGUGGUUUCACAAGAAGACAUUUCUAUGACUACAGCUUUUUAGCCAAAACUAUUAGGACAAUAUUACUGAUGUAAACAGGCGGGGGGGGGGGAAUAACAUUUCAUUGUAAGGAUGAUUUGUAAAUAUUGUUUACAGAACUGUGUGUUUAUUAGAACAACGUUAUUUUUGGUAAACUCUUGUACAUAACUGGAAAAUUUCCUGUUUGUGUGAAAAAAACCCAAUACUUAUGUAUUUGUACCUAUUUUGUAAAAGAAUAAAUAAGCUGUUUACUAAA